ACAAGAGUUCCCAUCUCCCCCAUAGAUUCCCCACUUCUCAGUCUUCAGACUUUAAUCGCUCUCGAUCCUCUUGCGAAAGGAGACAAAGGAUUUCAAUCUCUGAAGAAAUUCAAAUCGCAAUGGCACUGAGACCAUUGGAUAAUGCUCUCCAGGUAAUCCCCGAGAGGCCCAAAAAGCUUGCCAAAAUCGCAACCCUAACCAAGAACCCUAAUCAGAAGAUUCAGAACCAGACUGAUUUCUCAGGUCUGAACGAUGAAAAUAAGCCCCCUCUGCCCGAAGCUGCUGUCGAUUAUCUUCCUUCCGAUAAACUUGAAGCUCUUGCCAAUCCGGAUCUCAAAAUCCAGGAUCUCGCGCUACGGUUGGAUUCGAAGGACUGGUUGAAGGUGUGCGAAUCGCUGAAUGAUGUUAGGAGAUUCACGCUGUUUCAUUCUACUCUAUUGGAGCCAAUCUUGAAAAAGGUACUCUUGGUGAUGGUGAAGGCAAUGAAGAAUCCAAGAAGUGCUCUUUGCAAGACAUCAAUCAUGGCUUCAUCUGAUAUCUUCAAGGCUUUCGGCAACAAGUUGCUGAUUGAAUCCGAAAUAUCUGAUGCAUUUGAUCAAGUGCUGCUGCAGCUACUGUUGAAAGCAUCUCAAGAUAAGAAAUUUGUGUGUGAAGAAGCAGACAGGGCGCUCAAGGAAAUGGUGGGGUCCAUGACUCCUCUCCUUCUUCUCAAAAGGCUCCAAUCCUAUGUGAAGCAUUCCAACCCCAGGGUCAGAGCAAAAGCUGCAAUCUCAAUCUCAGAGUGUUUCUCCAUUAUGGAGCUGGAAGGGAUGACGGAAUUCGGGCUAGUUCCAUCGAUUCAGACUGCAGUGGAUUUGCUGAAUGAUAGGCUUCCAGAGGCGAGAGAAUCAGCACGGAGAAUCGCUGUUUGUUUGUAUGAAGCAGUGACGGCUAAAGAAGAGCAGAAACAGGAGGCCUGGCAAAGCUUUUGCUGCUCUAACCUGUCUGCAAUUCAUGCACAGUCCAUGGUAAAACUUGUUUCUUCACAUUGAAGAAACCAGAAGAAGCAGCAGCAGUUCUUUUUUUCAUGCACUAGUGUUGUUUGGUUUAACACUUGUCUGAAAUCAAGUAUAGAUUUUGAAUAUCUCAAACUCAUAUCUUGGUUUGAUUUUCACUUUUCAGAAAUGGCCAUCAUAACACAUUCCUAAAAUCACAUCAAACCCAUAUCCACAAACUUAUGAGUAUCAUCUUUUUUGUGUUUGAAUGAAAUAAAGCCUCCUUGGUUUU